AUGGCAAACCACCCUCAGAUGUCAGCCCUGAUCACUGACGAAGAUGAAGACAUGCUGAGUUACAUGAUCAACUUGGAGGUGAAAGAAGCGAAGCAUCCCAUUCAUCUCUGCCAGAUCAUGUUGUUCUUUCGGAAUAACCCCUACUUCCAGAAUAAAGUGAUUAGCAAGGAGUAUCUCGUGAACGUCACAGAAUACAGGGCUUCUCAUUCCACUCCAAUUCAGUGGUGCCAGGAUUAUGAAGUUGAGGCCUAUCGCCGCAGACACAACAGCAGCGGUCUUAACUUCUUCACCUGCUCUUCUGACCAUGAUUUUGCAGGAUCCAAUAGGAUUACUGAGUCCCCUGACAGAUCCUAUAUAAGGACCUGUGACGCAAUCCCCUGCAAUAUACUACAGGAGGAUGAAGCCACCUGA